AUGUCACUGACAACUGAGCCAACAGUAAAUACAUCCAUGCUGCAGAAAAUCGCUGCCGACAUGAGUAAUUUGAUAGAAAACCUGGACACACGGGAGCUCCAUUUUGAGGGAGAGGAGGUGGACUACGAAGUGUCUCCCAGCGAUCCCAAGACACAAGAAGUGUAUAUCCCUUUCUCUGCUGUUUAUAAGACUCAAGGAUUUAAGGAGCCUAAUGUACAGCCAUACCUCUCUCGCUGUCCAAUAAAAGCCCAAGUCCUGGAAGUGGAACGCUUUACGUCUACAACGAGGGCACGGAGUAUCAAUCUUUACACUAUUGAAUUAACACAUGGGGAAUUUAAAUGGCAAGUUAAAAGGAAAUUCAAGCAUUUUCAAGAAUUUCACAGAGAACUGCUCAAGUACAAAGCCUUUAUCCGAAUCCCCAUUCCUACCAGAAGACACACAUUUAGAAGACAGAAUGUCAAAGAAGAGCCUCGGGAGAUGCCAAGCUUGCCCAGUUCCUCUGAAAACAUGAUGAAAGAGGAACAGUUCCUUGGCAGGAGGAAACAACUGGAAGAUUACUUGACAAAGCUACUAAAAAUGCCCAUGUACAGAAACUAUCAUGCAACAACAGAAUUCCUUGAUAUAAGCCAGCUGUCUUUCAUUCAUGACUUGGGACCAAAGGGCAUAGAAGGCAUGAUAAUGAAAAGAUCCGGAGGACACAGGAUACCCGGCUUGAAUUGCUGUGGGCAGGGAAGAGUCUGCUACCGGUGGUCAAGAAGGUGGUUGAUAGUGAAAGAUUCCUUUUUACUGUACAUGAAGCCAGACAAUGGAGCCAUCGCGUUCGUCCUGCUGGUGGAUAAAGAAUUCAGAAUUAAGGUGGGAAAGAAGGAGACAGACACGAAAUAUGGACUCCGAAUUGAUAACCUUUCAAGGACACUUAUUUUAAAAUGCAACAGCUAUAGACAUGCUCGGUUGUUGGCAGGAUCUAUAGAAGAAUUCAUCCAGAAAUAUGGCAGCAACUUUCUUAAAGAUCACCGAUUUGGGUCAUACGCUACUCUCCAAGAGAACAUUUUAGCUAAAUGGUAUGUUAAUGCCAAAGGAUAUUUUGAAGAUAUUGCAAAUGCGAUGGAAGAGGCAAAAGAGGAGAUUUUUAUCACAGACUGGUGGUUGAGUCCAGAAAUCUUCCUGAAACGCCCUGUGGUUGAAGGAAAUCGUUGGAGGUUAGACUGCAUUCUUAAACGAAAAGCGCAAGAGGGGGUGAGGAUCUUCAUAAUGCUCUACAAAGAGGUGGAACUUGCCCUUGGAAUAAACAGUGAAUACAGCAAGAGGACCUUAAUACGUCUACACCCCAACAUAAAGGUGAUGAGGCACCCAGAUCACGUGUCCUCCGCUGUAUAUCUGUGGGCUCAUCAUGAGAAACUUGUCAUCAUCGACCAGUCGGUGGCCUUUGUGGGUGGGAUCGAUCUGGCCUAUGGCAGGUGGGAUGAUAAUGAGCACAGACUCACAGACGUGGGCAGCGUGAAGCGUGUCGUCUCUGGACCGUCAAUGUGCUCCCUCCCAUCUUCACAGGCUGAAAUGACAGGGUCUAUGGAAUCUUUAAGCCUCAAAGAUAAAAAAGAGUCUACUAAAGAUUUGCCCAUCCUGAAGAGUGCUGAUGACAUGGAUUCAAAACUGAAAGGCAUAGGCAAACCCAGCAAGUUCUCCAAAUUCAGCCUCUACAGGCAGCUUCACAGGCACCACCUGCAUGGCUCCGACAGCCUCAGCAGCAUCGACAGCGCCUCCAGUUAUUCUAAUCACUGUAGAAGUCGUCAGAAUUUAAUCCAUGGUCUAAAGCCCCACUUGAAACUCUUUCGCUCCUCCAAUGAUACUGAGGAGGGGCUCGCUAGACCGGCCGCGGACACGGGCUCAGUCCGCAGUUUGCAGACAGGUGUGGGAGAGCUCCAUGGGGAAACGCGGUUCUGGCAUGGAAAGGAUUACUGCAAUUUCGUCUUCAAAGACUGGGUCCAGCUGGAUAAACCUUUUGCUGAUUUCAUUGACAGGUACUCCACCCCCCGGAUGCCAUGGCAUGACAUUGGCUGUGUGGUCCACGGGAAGGCGGCUCGUGAUGUGGCCCGUCACUUCAUCCAGCGCUGGAACUUCACAAAGAUUAUGAAACCAAAAUAUCGGUCCCUGUCUUAUCCUUUUCUACUUCCAAAAUCUCACACAACAGCCCAUGAGCUGAGAUACCAAGUGCCUGAGUCCGUCCGCGCUAACGUGCAGUUGCUCCGCUCUGCCACUGAUUGGUCUGCUGGGAUAAAGUACCAUGAAGAGUCCAUCCACACUGCGUAUGUCCAUGUGAUAGAGAACAGCAAGCACUAUAUCUACAUAGAAAACCAGUUUUUUAUAAGCUGCGCGGAUGACAAAGUUGUGUUCAACAAGAUAGGCGACGCCAUUGCCCAGAGGAUCCUGAGAGCUUACAGGGAAGGCCGGAGGUACCGGGUGUAUGUCGUGAUACCACUUCUGCCGGGGUUUGAAGGAGACAUUAAAACUGGCGGAGGAAACGCCCUCCAGGCGAUAAUGCACUUCAACUUCAGGACCAUGUGCAGAGGAGAAAAUUCCAUCCUUGGACAGUUAAAAGUAGAGCUUGGCAAUCAGUGGAUAAAUUAUAUAUCAUUCUGUGGUCUUAGAACACAUGCAGAGCUUGAAGGAAACCUAGUCACUGAACUCAUCUAUGUCCACAGCAAAUUGCUAAUUGCUGAUGACAACACUGUUAUCAUUGGCUCUGCCAACAUCAACGACCGAAGCAUGCUGGGAAAGCGAGACAGUGAGAUGGCAGUCAUUGUGCAGGACACCGAGAUGGUCCCUUCCGUGAUGGAUGGAGAAGAGUACCAGGCCGGCCAGUUUGCCCUGGGACUCCGGCUGCAGUGCUUUAGGGUUGUCCUUGGCUAUCUUUCUGACUCAAGUGAGGACAUUCAGGAUCCAGUGAGUGACAAAUUCUUCAAGGAGGUGUGGGUUUCAACAGCAGCUAGAAAUGCUACAAUUUAUGACAAGGUGUUCCGGUGCCUCCCCAAUGAUGAAGUGCAAACUUUUAUUCAGCUGAGAGACUUUAUAACCAAGCCCAUAUUGGCAAAGGAAGAUCCCAUUAGAGCUGAGGAGGAACUGAAAAAGAUUCGUGGGUUCUUGGUGCAAUUCCCCUUUAAUUUCUUGUCUGGAGAAAGCCUACUGCCUUCUGUUGGAACCAAAGAAGCCAUGGUGCCCAUGGAGGUUUGGACUUAA